GUUAUCGAAAGCAAGCAAAAGUGGGAGAGCGCGAGCUCCAACUACAACAAAAGCAUAACGCGCUUGGAUCUCGUAAACUUAUAAGAAAUUUAAUUAUUCAACCCGACAGUGCCGCCCGCAGUAAUCGAAUUAAAUUAAUCAAGGCGUGAGACAAAUCAGUUGGAGGCCACAGGCCGUUGCAGUUAAUAAAUAGACCUAUUGAAGAAGAAGUGGCAAAAGCAAAGCAAAAGGCACGGCAAAAAGCUCCCACUUCUCGCCGCGCUGUGUGUGUGUAGUAAAUUGCCGUGGUAUGGUUACGUGUGUGCGUGUUUCCGUGUGAUGGUUCUACUAUUCUGCAUAUAGUCCAAGGUGGAGCGCGGGCGGCGAGCGGGAACUGGUGCAGUGCAUCGUUUCUAUGUUGCGGCAUUUUGAUGACGGAAUUAUUUUUGGAUAAUUGUUUGAUGCGAGCGCCAUUAGUGCUAAAAGCAGAAGCAGAAUGGAGAGCGAGCGGUUGCGAAUCACUCUGGACAGCCCCGAGCGUGUCUAUUUCGCCGGCGACAUAAUUCGCGGCGAGAUAUGGAUGAACGUAAACAAGCGCACAAAGAUACGCGCUAUCAAAGUGCAGGUGACCGGCAAGGGGAAAUGCAAGUGGAUGGAGAUCUUGCGAAAGAAUUCCAACAACAACGAGUACUCCCGCAGCCUCUUCUACACCAGCAAGGAAGUGUACGAGCAUAGCGAGACAGCGCUACCGGACUUUGAGCCACGUGGCCUGGAACUGUCGCCCGGCGAGCAUACCUUCAUCUUCGAGGUAGCCCUGGGCCGUCAGCUCCCCUCUAGUUUUAAGGGUAGCUACGGUGGGAUCAAGUACAAAAUGCGCGUGCUUAUCCAGCGACCAUGGACAUUUGACGAGCGGCACACCAUACCCUUCACCGUGGUGAAGCAUAUGCCGUUGCAGCCGUCACACCGCAGCAUUCCCAGUCCGCUGGAGAAGCAGGUAACCAAGACGAUCAGCUUGUUCGGCACGCGACCGAUUACUUUGCUGGCUCUUUUGCCUGAGGAUUUCGCUGUGCGAGGAGAGCCGUUAAGGAUAUGCGCCACUGUGAUCAACAACAGUACCACCGCCGUGGAAAAGCUGCGGUUUAGUGUCCUCCAGUACGUCACCUAUUACAGCCAUGUCCCCCUGCGGAUCCAAAAGGUGGAGUGCAUAGCAGUUGCGACUAAGGAAACCGGCUCGGUGCAGAAGAAGAGCGAGCGUAGCUUCGCCCACGAGCUGCUUAUGCCGGAGGGAGCUCAGCCCACGGACGAGCAGAUGAGUGGAGUCAUUACCAUUGUUUACGAGUUGCGUGUGGAGGCAGUACUGCGAGGUUUCUUCAAGAACUUGGUACUGAAUCUUCCAUUUAAGGUGUACUCGCAGGACUCCUCCAAUCGACAGGGAUCUCUGCGUCCGCCGCCGCCACCGCGACCAAACGAUGGGCCACCUGGUCCGGAUGUAAGCGCUGGGAAUCCAUUCGAGCCUCCUUUGCCUGUGUAUCCGUCGCUGGACUCUUCCAUUGGCUCGCCAUCGCAUUCUUCGCAAUUCAGCGAGUGCAGUUCCAUUAACUCCAUAACGUCGGAUUCCUCGGCGGCCACUCUAAGCCCCGCUGUGGGCGGUGGUGUUGGUGCUGGGGGCGUCGAACUGUCCUACACCUCGGGCUCGCAAUCCUCACAGUUCGGCAGCCCCUCGGCCAGGGCCAGUUUGCAUAGCUCCAAUGUGCCCUACAUGCCCUACUCGUCCAGCCCACUGAUGGUGCAGUCGUAUCCGCCGCCCCACCUGCCCGCAUAUCCGCUGCCGGAGUCGCCGCAGUACUCACUUCUCGCGAUGACACCACCACCGAAUGGACCCCCAGUCGCACCAUCCGCGGGUGCUGGAGGCGGAAUGGCGCCGGGUUAUAGCCAGCUGCCAUCCACCUCGGCAUCGUCUUCAUUUUUGCAAGCUCGUCAGCCGCCCGGAGCCCAUGAGUUGCCGCCAUCCUAUGAAGAGCUCUUUGGCCUGGCAAAUGCCCCGGCAGGAACUCCAAAGUAGAAAUAAUUGAAUGUCCUGAGCCGCAGUCACCCAGUUACGUCCAAGCUUUGCCUAGACAUAGAGCUUCAGGUUUACUUUAUAGUGUUAUAGAGUAUCAACAAAUAUCGAAUAUUUAUAUCUAAGGCCAAUGCCGAAAACGCUUCGAUGCACAAACCAUAUGCAAUGUGUGCACAAAUCAAUUUGUUUAUUACCGACCUAGGCAGUAUGUAUUCUUUUUUUUUGAUCCGGCUAUAGUCCCAAAUCGAAUUGAUUUAAGAAUAGGCUUGAAAUUCUUUUUAUUUCUAAAUUCGAACGCAAAUACGAUUCUAAAACAAAGGUAAAAUGUUAAUUUUUAGACAUGGCAAAUGUUUAAUACACUUUCAUAUCAUAUCUGUAUGAAUAAUUUGAUCAGAAUCUCCAUCUAGCGAGGCAUAUGUGUCUAAAUAUUGCCAAUUAAUAAUGCAAAAUAAUGCAUUUCACCUAUAUAUACUCAAAAAUAACGUCUGUACGGAAUGCAAUUUAAUGCAACUGAAAUAACUUUACUGAAAACUUUAUAAAUUUGACAAUAAUUUAAUUAUUCUUCAAUUUGAGCUUGAAUAAAUUGACCUUAUAGCCGGAAUCUCUAAAGGUCUGUUAGUUAGUUAGCUUGUUGGAGUCAAGUAGAUAGAAUCCCAGGCAUAAACUAUUGUCAAAACAGAGACAAUAUAAUAAUAAGAUAAGUAUCGUCCAUACAUUUACAUAUGUAUGAUUUUGCCAGUGUUGUUGAACAAACUAUAUCCCAAAAAGUCGAGUGCUUGAAAAUCGGAUAGUGUUACGCAUCUUAUUAUUAUAUUCUCUGUAUUAAAACCAACUAAGAAAGAAACAUCUUAUGAACUCACUAUAACUAUGUAUACCUUAAAUAUCCACACCAAUUCUAAAUUAGUUUAAAGUUAAUGUUCAUGACAACACUUUUCUUAUUGACUUAUUUAAUGCAAGGAAAGCCCUUUAAGGCAAACUUGCAUAGUCCGUCUUCGGUUCAACUUUAUUUAUGGAAUAUAUUUUAAAUGCCGCCCCGUCACCAGACAGCCAAAAAUAUUCUGCAUUUCUAAGAAUCAAAUCUUGCGAAUUACUCAAAGACUCUCGAGUAUUUAUCGUCUAAGUCUCACUCACACCAAAACUCGAAACAUACAUACUUCAAACCCGCCUAUUUAUAAAACAUUUAUUUAUUUUUUUGUGAAUUUAUACGUCCAUGUCCAAAGGCUCUGAUGAAACUGAUUUACUGAUACUAGAUCUAUCUCAAUGAAAUUCUUUACCAAAACAGGUCAAAAAUUACUAUUUAUUUCUCUCACUUGAUUUUACUUUUAGUAUUUAAGUACUUAAGCACGAAUCGAAUGUCGAAUGUGGUUCAUCCUAGCAGGAUGAAUCAUUGAAUCUAUAAGCUUUAGUGCCUCUGUAUGAUGAAUGAACAACUCGAAUGGUUAUCGUUAUUGAGAUCAAAUGUAUCGAUAAACAAUUUUUAUACACAUAUUACUGACAUAAGUCAUCGUUCGGAAGCAAUGCAUACUUUUAGUUUUAAGUGCACAAAAUGCAAAUUAUGUACGAUCAAAGGAUUUCGUUUAAGGUGCUUUACAAAUCACUAUUUUUG